AGAAGAAAACACAACUCUCUCUCUCAGUUGUUGUCUCUCUUUGGUACAGGGGAAGAAGGGUGGGAACACGGAAGAAGAAGAAGAAUCACAUGACCAAAACCCACUGAGAGCACAAGAGUUUGUUGCUACCUUAUGGCGGGCAAGGGUGUUGGUUCGGUGACAAAGGCAGUAGCAGAAUAUCAGUAUCCCUGGCGUGAGAAGUUAGUGAAAUACAAGGAUGAACUUGCUAAGGGAGUAUGGGGAUACUGGAACCUGGGCGCGUGGAAGCCACUGAGUAUCAGUGCUCGACGACGUGCCAGACUGCGAAAGGAAGUGCUCCUUGCUGGGGAAGAUUGGCCUUAUGAUCCUGAAAGAAAGGAGAUGAAGACCAGGAGAAAAGGACACAAAUGUGAUAGGAUAUCCGCCGAGAAGCGGGAAAACACGGCAAAGUUGAUGGAGAAGAUGCCCCAGAUGUUGCAGGAUUACAAGAAGAGAAGGUGGCAGAAGAAGAUGAAGGAAGAAGACAAGGGAAAACUUUGAUUUGGCUCCUCCUCUAAUUUGGGAAGGUUUGUUACAAACUGUCUUUAAGAGAUGGUUCAUUAUGUUACACCUGCUUUUGGGCUUACUUGAUGAUUAACUUUUGUUAUGUGUUUCAAUUCAUAAUCACCCCUUCUAAGAAUAUGUCCGUAUGAUUGUCAGGAGGGAAUGUUUUGUACACUGAAGAUUGGUUUUUCCUUUCUAAUUAAAGUUUUGAAUUGAUUUCGUAUCACUUUAAAAUUCA